AUGUGGCUAGGGAACAAAAACAACAAUGUCAGAAAACCAAAGCUUGUCUCUAUCGAAUCCCAAGGUGCUUUUCCACCUCAGUCUGUUGCUGAAACACAAACAUUGCAGUGGAGUUUGCCCAUCAGAAACCUGAAAAUGGUUAAAUCCUGUUGGAAGCCAUCUAUUGAGUGUGAUUCUAGAGGGUGCCUUGAUGGCUUGUUGUGGUAUAAAGAUUUGGGGCAACAUGUUUAUGGAGAUUUCUCGAUGGCAGUGAUUCAAGUCAAUAGUUUGUUGGAGGAUCGAAGCCAACUCCAAUUGAGGUUGUUGAGUUCGAGUCGUUUUGGUCAGUACGUGACUGUCAUCGGUGUAAAGGCUUAUUAUGUUUCCCUUGAUGUGCAGCACGUGUCUGAGAAUCAAGACAUAUCGAUAAAUGAUCUCAUAAAGGCUUUCUUGGUGACAGAAGACGAAUUUCUUUCCCUUGUGAGGAAACAAUGGCUCGUUAAGCCGCAAAUGGCAUCGGUCGGAUCGUGCUGUUUGACGGGAGUGAUUUGCAAUGGGCUGCUAUACAUUGCACCCGCCGGUGAUUCCAGGGUAGUCCUAGGCAGAUCAGUAAGCGGAACUAACUGGCAAUGCAGUUAUCAACCGAACAAAAUGCGAGUUCCAGUACCGUAUGAGACGAGCUACGGUAGUUGCAUUCCAAUGAUCCACAUAUUGUUGUGA